UGAAUCUUCAGCGCCUGUUGUUCCCUCCUUCGUACACUGCUCAAGACCAUUGGCUACAUCUACCACACCAGAGUGCAAUUACUUGACUGCUGAUCAGCCAACGCAGCGAUGUCUUUCGAUCAGCUUUCCUCGCUCGAGUCGCAGUCGCGACACAAUAACCCGGGGUACACGGACGACCCGGAGUUUGACCGGCUGUCGCAGGACCUGAUGAACAAGCUCUUCACCUUGACCGGCAAUAUCUCCCGCCUUAGGACAGAAAUUGGACACCUGGGCACCCGGAGGGAUACUGCACGGGUGAGGGAGCGCGUGCACGAUCUUAUUGAGGAGUCGAGUGAGACCUUCAAGGACGUGGGCGAGGGCGUCAAGAAGAUCCAGACGUGGGAAGAGGUUACGCCGACGCAAAAAUACAAACAGCAGAAGCUCUUUCGCGAGUUCAAAGCAUCUCUCGCCGAGUUCCAGUCCCUACAGCGCCAGGCCCUCGAGAAACAACGGGCCUCUGUCUCCGCCGCGCGGGCCGCUGCCGCGGAUGAAGAGGAGGGCACAAGCCUCGGCUCCGUGCCCCAGAGCCAGCAGCAGCUGCAGGCGCAGCUGCAGGAGGAGCUCCGGUUGGCCCCGCAGGACGAGGUCGACUUCCAGGACGCCCUCAUUGCAGAGCGCGAGGAGGAAAUCCGGAGUAUUGAGCAGGGCGUGGGCGACCUCAACGUGCUGUUUCAGCAGGUAGCACAGAUCGUCACGGAACAGGGCGAUCAGCUGACCGGAAUUGCGGAUAACGUGGAAAACACGCGUGAGGAUACGAGGGCUGCGGAUCGAGAACUGAGGCAGGCGGCGAGGUAUCAGAGGAAUGCAAGGAGCAAGGCAUGUUGCUUGCUGUUGGUGCUGGCCGUCAUUUUGACCAUUGUGUUGCUGGCUAUUUUCCUGGGCUGAUCUUGUGGUAGACUCUUGUCAGAUGGGGUUGGAAGAUCCUAACACACCACUCAUAUUGCGAUUCCAUUUCAUUUGGCUACAGUCGCUCAGAAGACGUCGCAGUUAGGGGGAUGGAUACGGUGUGGGGAGGGCAUGUCUUGGUUCAAUAGACUUUUGCAGGCGCCGGGAGUUUGUGUACCAGUCUGGCACCAUUGUGUCAAUAGCACGAAGAAUCAACACUAUUUUGUUGGUCCGCGUUGGCAUGUCUAUUUUUCUAUUUCAUUUUUCUUAUUCUUUUUGGAUUUGUCGUUUCCUGGUCAUGCUCUUGAUGUAGGCGGUUUGGGUUUGAGCAAUGGCAUUUCCAUACCCCG